AUGACGACUGCUAGUGUGAUCUUCUUCCUCGUUUCAGAUCUGGAUUUCUCUGAAAUCGCAUCUCUUAAUUGCGAUGAAGUUUGGGCUAAGCUAUGGCAAAGGUUGAUCACGUUCUGGGUUGCGACAAUGCAACUACAAAUUAGGCACCAUUGGCCAUCGAGAGUACAAAGCCGAAAGAGGUACUCUCUAUGCUCUUACAUUAGGGAUGUCACAUCUUUAGCUCUGACCUUAACUUUGACGUUGCCAGAAAACGUGAUGCUGUUGAGGAAGAUGAUAUCAAUGAAGAUGGGCGCGCGUGAGCCAAUACCUGGAGAUGACUGUGAGGCUAUUGUUGAUGAUGUUGGUGAUGAGAUAGUAGAUGAUAAUGAGGAUCAUGGUGUAGCUGUUCGAGAAGUAAUUGUUGAAGACCAAGCUUUCUCUAAUUACUUUGGAGCAGAUAUUGCAAGCAAUGACAAUGAGGAGAAUUAUGACAGUGGAGACGAUAUAUGGGACGACGAUACAAUACGACGAUACAAUACCGGAUCCUCUAUCAUCAGACGAUGA